UUCUUUUCUUUUUUUUUUUCGGAGCUGGGGACUGAACCCAGGGCCUUGUGCUUGCUAGGCAAGCCCUCUACCACUGAGCUAAAUCCCCAGCCCACUUGUUUUCUUUUAUACCCACAACAUAAACCUCAAUGGUCCAUGAUGGAGCGAGCAGUCCCAUUGGCAGAUUCUUCAUUGUGCACCUCUGAUACCUCUGGUAUGUAACACCCAGAAGAGACACAGAGGGACCAAGGGACCCGUGCUCUCCUAUCCAAAUCAAGCUGCUGAGUCCCCUAAGGUUUGGAUUAAUUUGUUUCUGCUGGCUUUUAUCCAACUAGGAAUCUUACUAUAGUCCAGGUCGAGCUGAGUUGAACCAACUUAGCCUGCUUUUUUACCAGGGAGUGAGGAACCCUUUCCACCUAACACUGGUGCGUGCCGACAGAACUCAGAAACGGUAGUCGGGCUGUGUAAUGCAAGUUAAUACAGGUGAAAAGUGCAAUACAUCUGAACAUGAGGACAAAUUGGAAUGAUCGUUAAGAGUGCCCAAGUGCAGACUUCUGCUGAUGUUAGUACGAUUUUAAAAAUUGUUUUGCAGAGUGUAUGUGUAGAGUGACCAGAAACAACAGAUCUUUAGAGGAAAUCAGCCAAAGUGACUACAUUCAGAUUUUUAAGGUUUAUCUUAUUUAAAAAAGGAUUUGUUAAUUCUGCAUAUGCUUGUGUGUAUCUGUAUACACUGAGUACCUAAGUCUGCCCAGGCCAGAGGCAUCAGAUCUACAUGGAGCUGGCUGGUUACAGGUAGCUGUGAGCUGCCUGGUGUGUGUGUUACAACAGCCUGUGUCUUCGGCAAGAACAACUAGAGCUCCCAACUCUUGCUCCAUCUCUCCAGUCUGUAAUUAGACUUUAAUAUCUUAUGUGCCUUUGUUUCCUUUCUUCGAGGUAAUUUGAGCUCGUCUGGCCGAAAUUUUCAGUGUUAGGCCACUUCCCACAGUUCUAGCCUUUUUAUACAGCUGACCUUCACCUAUUUAACAGGACAUCUUAAGCUUUUCUAAGACUUUUAAAAUUAUUAUCUAGAAUUAAAAAUAUGGAACUCUUCAGUGGAAAUAAUGCUUCAGUCCUUCUGCAGUUCUGAUCUUUUAUUCACAAGAGCCAGGGAUCCUGGGGCUGCUGUCCUAGGGAGAAGUGGGCCUUUCGUGAGGGAGGCCUGAAUUUACCAAAUGUGCCCGGAGGAAGAGAAGCCGAAUACAUGGCAUUUAUGGUGGAUGCCAGUCUUAGGCACUUAGGAACGAGAAACAGAAGUGUUCCGCACAAGCGCUUAUCUUGAACUAUGCCUGGAAGCAUUUUUAGUACUAGUUGUAAAUUGGGAAUUACCAUUAUGCCAUCCACCACGGCAGAUGGGGGCGCUCUGAGCACCGAACCAUAUGCAGGGAGGUGUAGCCCAGCACCACAGCUGGCACUGACCCACGGGGAGGGCUCAGGGCAACUCCUGCCCUUUGUGGGGAUGUUGAGCUUGGAUUUGCGUGUUUGCUUGGCUGUAUUCAGUUGUCAAGAACGCAUCUCAGGCGCGCCCGGUAGGAUGUAAAUUACACUUUUUAAAACAAACAAAAAAGCGGAAACGAACCUCAACCUUUCUGGGGGUGCCGGUUAAGGCAGUUUUUCCGGCAUUCCCAGGCGGUGGACACCUCCAAGGAGAGAGCUCACUAGAGGAACCGGCACCGGCGCGGGGCGGGCCGUGAUCGGAGUUCGCGCCCCGACUCUUCCUGUUCCUGCCGCACCCUCUUCCCUGGCUGCUGGGGGCGGGACCGCGGGCUGGGUUAGGGCUGGUCGGCGGAGGGCAGAGAUGGAGGAGCCCGACGCGGCGCGGCUGCCCUCUCGCCUGGCCAGGCUGCUAUCGGCGCUCUUCUACGGGACAUGCUCCUUCCUCAUCGUGCUGGUCAACAAGGCGCUGCUGACCACAUAUGGUUUUCCCUCACCAAUUGUUCUUGGAAUUGGACAGAUGACUACCACCAUAAUGAUACUGUAUGUGUCCAAGCUAAAUAAAAUAAUCCACUUCCCUGAUUUUGACAAGAAAAUUCCUGGAAAGCUGUUCCCUCUGCCUCUUCUCUACGUUGGAAACCACAUAAGUGGCUUGUCAAGCACAAGUAAAUUAAGCUUGCCCAUGUUCACCGUGCUCAGGAAAUUUACAAUUCCACUCACUUUACUCCUGGAGGCCAUCAUACUUGGGAAACAGUAUUCGUUGAGCAUCAUCCUCAGUGUCUUGGCCAUCGUUCUUGGGGCUUUCAUAGCAGCCGGCUCUGACCUCACAUUCAACUGGGAAGGCUACGUUUUUGUAUUCUUGAAUGACAUCUUCACCGCAGCAAACGGAGUUUAUACCAAACAGAAGAUGGACCCGAAGGAGUUGGGGAAGUACGGAGUGCUUUUCUACAAUGCCUGCUUCAUGCUCAUCCCAACUGUCAUUAUUAGCGUCUCUACUGGAGACUUUCAGCAGGCCACUGAAUUCAGCCACUGGAAGAAUGUUUUGUUUAUCGUACAGUUUCUUCUUUCCUGUCUUUUGGGGUUUCUGCUGAUGUAUUCCACAGCUCUUUGCAGUUAUUACAACUCAGCUCUGACCACGGCGGUGGUUGGAGCGAUCAAGCAUGGCAGGUGGUUUAAGAUACUCCUUUUUAACACUAAGCAGCCAGUCGAAACCUAAACAACCUGUGGAUGAAGAAAGCCUCCCUCUGGAUCUGAAGAGCUAGACUGCAGACAGAGCUGCAGGCCUAGGCUGGAAAGAGCAGCCCCAGCAGGAGUGGGCAGCCCAGAGGUCCCACCCAUGGGGCAGUCACCUGUUUGGUCAGAGCACAAAAAGGAAUGUCUGGGAAAUACAAAGAAAGCUACCUCAUACUGCAUAAUGAGCCACAAGGAACCCAUAACUCCUGGUACAGAACCUUCCUAUCUAAGCGAAUUUGCUCAAAGUCAGCCAUGGGGCCCUCACUGUGUGCUGAGGAAGAUAUUUCCAAGGUGACUUUGCUUAUCAGCACCAUGGCCUUAAUUUUAAAGGUCCCAGCCAAGGAAAAGGAGGGAAAACUUUUUGCUGUUGAAACAUGUCUUUGUAAGAGUUGGUCAGUUUUGAUUUAUGCUAUGUUGGUAUUUUUUUUUUCCCAAGUCAUCACAGUGAAAUAAAGUCAUUUCUAUAUGUGCCACACAGUAUGAUAUUGCACAGAAAGUCAGUUGUUUGGUGUUUAAGGAUAUUUCUGGGGAUGAAGUGGGGAGAGUGCUUGCUGUACUCAGGAGGCAGUAAUUUUGUUCUCUUGCACUCACAUAAAAAGCCAGGCAUGGAGCAACAGAUACAGACAUAUCCUGAGACUGGCCAGCCAGUCUUAAAUGGUGAGCAUCAGGUUUAGUGAGAGACACUGUCUCACAAAAUAGGGUGGAGAGUGACUGAGGAAGACACCCAUCGUUAGCCUCUGGCCUCCACACACACGUGUACACACAUGUGCUCACACAUGCCCAUACAUACAUACAUACAUACAUACAUACAUACAUAUGUGCAUGCACAUUACUCCACCUCGAAGGAACAACAAGAUGAGGUUUCAAAGCCUUCACCCAUUUCAGGUUUGCUCUCUGAGCUUCCUGUUUGUGGUUUGACGAGCUCAGGGCUGUUCCUGCCACGAUUGCUGCCACACUGACCUCUCUGGAACUGUAGGCCCAAAUAAACUCUACUGUAAGUUGA